UCCCUCCCUUCUGUUCAGUCACGUACAAUCAUGUAUACCAGACACACAACCCGAAUGAUCGCCAUGCGCGAGACGUGAAAGGUAGGAGUAGAAAAUCGCCUCAUAGGACGCUCGAUAGUCUGUUUACUUUGCACAAGUGGGUUGAGUGGGAACAAUGGUGAAAUACUUCAGCUGUGCAGGCUUUCUGAAGAGCUCAUGGGACCAAGUGUUUCUUGCAUUCUGGCAGAGAUAUCCCAACCCCUACAGUAAUCAUGUUUUGACAGAAGACAUUGUAUUUCGGGAAAUCACUCCGGACAACCAUCUCAUUUCCAGACGACUCUUGACCAAAACUAGUAGAGCUCCUCGCUGGGCGGAGAAGUAUCUGCCAGCUCAUAUGGCACAGAAAGCUUACAUCAUUGAGGACUCAAUAGUGGAUCCUCAAAGCAGGACCAUGACCACGCUCACCUGGAACAUCACUCACGCACGUGUCAUGAGUAUUGAAGAGCGCUGUAUGUACAGAGUGAACGCUGACAACAACAGCUGGAUAGAGAUCAAGAGAGAAGCCUGGAUCUCCUCCAACCUGUACGGCCUCUCUAGAGCAAUUCAGGAAUUUGGUCUAGCCCGGUUUAAGAGCAACGUUACAAAGACCAUGAAAGGCUUUGAAUAUGUGUUGGCCAAGAUGCAAGGUGAAAUACCAACAAGAACACUGGCAGAAACUGCAACUGUAAAGGCACGCAAGACUGCACUCGCUGCCAAAGAGAAAGCAAAAGAUUUAGCCUCACAAGCGCAGAAGAAACAGUAUGUAUGAUGAGCAGACGACGGGUUUGGACAUGUCGCAGCUGUGCACUGUGCCCGGACUCUCCCAGUUCUGCUGAAAAGGGGUGUGCCAUUCCAUCAUACAGGGCACAUUUGUUAGACGAGGUUUGAUGGAGAUUUUUAAAUGAGCUUUUGGAUACACAAGUUGAUAAAUACAACUGUGCUUCCUCUGACAUCGAAUGCAUUUCCUGCUCUGAUGCUACAUCGCACCUGUUCCCUCUCUAAACCAAAACCCUGGAGUAAAAUUUGAUUUAAUGCAUCCGCAUACUUCUCUUUCUGCUUUAUCGAGUAUGGUUUACAUGAGACGUUGUUUGCAUUUCAGAUUAAUUUCUGUGAUUUUAAUUGAUCGAUUUCCAAGAUGGCCAUCUCUGAAUCUUCAUAUUCACUCUUGCUGAGGUUUAGAAAUCGGCCUUGUUUAUCCAUGUGAUUUGUUGCUUCAAAUUGAAGUUCUGUCUUUAUUGAUGGGUCCACAAUUCCAGCAGUCAUUGCCUACUUGAUACAGUGUCUAUAGAGUUCUGCAGAGUGGCCUAGUCUUUGGCACAUGCGAGAAUAUGCCGUAAAGAAUUGCUGUGUCCGUAAACAAGUGUUACAUUUGUUAUAGAAAAUAUGUCAAAUUUUGAUGAAACAGAUAGCUUAACUUGAUUUAUAACUCUAAAUAAUUGUGAUCAACAGUUAUCUGUAAUAAAUAUUUUCUAUCU